AUGCCUAAUGUUCUUAUUUUGGGCGGCUCAGGCUACCUCGGCCUUGCACUAGGCAAAUCACUUCUCCAAGCCGGCACCUACACGGUCUGGGGCACUGCUCGAACCCCUGAGAAAGCAAAGAAUAUCCUCUCGAAUGAGAUCUUCCCCAUCGAAGAAGACAUAACGGACCCGGCAAAGCUUAGCGCCAUCAUUAUCGAAAAUUCCAUUAAUAUCGUUGUUGACGCAUCCGCGGCCUACGAAAAGGCAGGCAGUAUCCUCGCUGGAGUCAUCCAAGCAGCUACAGAACGCGAAAAGACCCUUAAAAAAGACAACAUCAUCGGCCCUAAGCUAGGCUUCGUUUAUACCUCCGGUGCAUGGAACCAUGGAUCCCAGAAAACGCGCAUCAAUGACCUCCUCCCACCUGCAAGUGCUUAUUCCCAAGAUAAACCCGCGACGGCAUCAUCAUGGAGACCUGCGUAUGAACAGACUAUCCUCGCCGCUCGCGAUAAGCUAGAUGUAGCUAUUCUGCGCCCUCAUACGAUUUACGGACGUGGAUCGUGGGUCUUCGGAGCAUGGUGGGGUGCACUUGCUGAAGGGGCGAAGGCGAAGUCGGGCACUUCGUCCCUGAUCUCUGUUCCUGGUGAUGGGAAAGCUGUCCCGGGACUUGUCCAUGUAGAUGAUGUUGCGGCUGGAUUUCAUGCUGCGAUUGAUCGGUUGGAUGGAAGAUUGGGUUCGUGGCCUAUUUUUGAUCUGGUGACGGAGACGGUUUCGCUUGUUGAGAUUUUGGAGGGUGCUAAGGUCGUUUUGGGGAUUCAACCUGAGGUUACACUUGAGUAUACUGGGACUCAGGGGAAUGUGUUUCUCGAGGCUUUGAGUUUGGUUAGUAAGGCGGAUGCUUCUCGUGCGAAGACAAUUCUUGGUUGGAGUCCUAAGCGGACGGAAUUUUUGUUGAAUUUGCCUGUUUAUGUUAAGGCGUGGCAGGCUUCACAGUAG